GUUGCUGAACGCUUCCUGUUUCUGCUUCAUUUCCCCAAUUCAGCUGCAGGAGGAAGAACCCGAUCUAGGUGAGGACUUAAAGUACUCUGAACAAAUGUCCUGUUACUGAUCUAGGGCUCAUGGCCUUGGAAGAGGGGGACCCCGAUGUCCUGAAGAGCAAUGUGCUGGACCUACUGCUCAGAAACCCCCUGGGGCUCAGUUUUGGGGACUUCGCUGGGGCCUUCCACCGGCUGCAUGGCUACCAGCUUAAAAUCACUCGUCAUGGGUACAGCUCGCUCAAGCAGUUUCUGGCUGAAAUGAAGGACUUUGUGGUUGUGGAAGAAGGUGACUCACAGGUCCCAGUUGUAAAGCUAGCGAAUGGAUUCCAUCUUGGCCACGGGGCUGAAGGAAGAGAGAAUGGGGUGGACAUCUCUGGAGGGCCAGCUUUGAGGUUAACAGAUGAAGAAGACCCUGGAGGAGAAACGGGAGUCUUGGGGUUGCUCUUCAGUGUUCUAAAGAGGUACCAAUGGGGUUUGAGGAUUAAGAAACUACAGAAAUUGUUUCUUGCUAGCGAUGGAAUUGAUCUAGAGAAGCUCAGCGUUCGUGGAGGCUACGCAGACACACUGGAAUUUUUGGAACAGCGAAUGCCGAAUUUAAACAUCACAUACCAACAGAACAGACUGAACUGUGUGGUUCAGCUUAUUGAAGAUCCCUCUGCACCUUCUUCUUCUGUCAGUACUGAGAACCUUGUGGAAGAACCAGCAAGCCAGGCACCAGAUCUGUCAGCUGCCUUGGUGCCAAUCUGGGAAGUCCUUAAAUGUCAUACUCCGGGUCUGAAGGUGAAGAACCUGAAAAAGGCCCUGCUAGAGAAUUGUGGAUUUGACCUGGAGAUGUUCCGCCGUGAUCUGGGCUACAGUGACACGGUGUCAUGCCUGCAGGAUGUUCCUGGUCUGAUUCUCAGAAACAGCAAUAGGACCCGGAAUUGCGUUGUCCAGCUUGAAUCGCGUCCCUCUAGCUCAGCUCCUUCCUUGGACUCUGAUUUCUCUGUAUGCAGCUCACAUACCACAACUGAUGGGCUAAUGAGAAAUAAAUCUGGUUCCCCUAGCCCUGUUCCCUCGCUUGAUGAUGGUUUCUCUGCCUGCAACUCAAAUUCUGUGCCCCAGACGCUGAUGGGAAAGAAGUCUGACCUGGCUGCUGCCUUGGUGCCAAUCCUCGAUGUUCUUGGAAACCAUCCCGCUGGUCUGAAUAUAAAGGCACUGAAGGAAAACCUAGAGAAGAAGCAUGGGUUUGACUUAGAGACUUUCAGCCAAGAUUUGGGGUAUGAAGACGUAACGUCUUGCCUCCUGGAUGUGCCGGGCCUUCGUUACUCUUUCACAAAUGGCAAGUGGCCCCACAAUUGUUUGGUUCAACUUCUCUCCGGUAGUCUUGGCCUCCCCCCUGUCUCAUUCGGUGCUGGUCCCUCUUCGGUGCUGGUCCCAUCUUCCAAAGGAUCAAACACCCUGUCUCCAGACUUAAUGGAAACAAAGCCAGCUUCCUGCACUUCCACUGUGCCCCAGUCCUGUGCUUCUGCCCCCUUAAACAUGCAACGGCCUGCUGGGAAAUCAAAACCUGUGAACCAAAAUGUGCUCAAAAAGAAGCCUGCUUCGCUGACAGAUGUCUUGGCAUCACUCACAAACCUCAUAAGCACAUACAGUGAAGGUCUGAGGGUUGAGAAAGUGCAGGAGCUCCUGCUGGCCAGGAAAAGAAUUGACCUGGAGAAGUUCAGCAUCGCCCAAGGCCACAAGGACACACUGGAGUUUUUGGAGCGUCAAAUGCCUAACUUAAACAUCAGAUACCGAGAGGAGAGACGUAAAUGUGUUGUUUCGAUUGGAUCAGGAAAAAGCAAAACGAAAAAGAAGAAGAAAAAGAAAACGGCAAAAUGUCCUGGUGUUAAGACUGCCCCUCCUCUGCUUGUUGCCCCUGUGCCUCUCUUGCAUCCAGCAAAAGUGGUCCAGCAAGCAAACUGUGCACCAGACUUUGGUGGCAUCUAUAAGCCUUCGUUCAACAUCUGCAACCCCUCUGGAAAUAAAUCACAGAAUUGGGGCCCACCUGUUCCAACUGCUUUUGUGUCCCCAGGAGUGCAGAACUGGCUCAACAACAGCAGCAUGCAUGUCCCAUCUGCCACUUUCCCAUUUUUUCCACCCUCCCAGGAGCCUCGUGGUGCUUUGUCAGGCAAGGCCAAGAAUUCCUUCCAGCCUCCCUCCAGCAUUCUUCCACACCAGGCACCUCCCUCCGGCAUUCUUCCACGCCAGGCACCUCCCUCCGGCAUUCUUCCACACCAGGCACCUCCCUCCGGCAUUCUUCCACGCCAGGCACCUCCCGCCGGCAUUCUUCCCCACCAGGCACCUCCCGCCGGCAUUCUUCCACACCAGGCACCUCCCUCCGGCAUUCUUCCACACCAGGCACCUCCCUCCGGCAUUCUUCCACACCAGGCACCUCCCUCCGGCAUUCUUCCACACCAGGCACCUCCCUCCGGCAUUCAUCCACACCAGGCACCUCCCUCCGGCAUUCUUCCACACCAGGCACCUCCCUCUGGCAUUCUUCUCCAUCAGCCAAGUGCAUGGCAGUCUGGUGGGCCAUCACCACUAGCCAAAGAGGUACACUCACGGGAUAACCAGCUGCCCAGAGAAUCCAACUUGAUGAACUCACAGCCUUCUAAGGACCUGGAGGAACUGAAAAAGCGGGUGGCCCACAUCCUGGCCAUGCACCCCGAGGGCAUGUCGCUCUUCCAGUUCCGUGCAGCCUACAGCGCUGCCUAUCAGCAGCACCUGCCACUUGACAAUGCUUCCUCUGCCAAACAGUGCCUGCUGGAGAUGCCUGAUAUUGUUCGCCUGGAGGGCUGUGGAGUCCAAACAUUGGUACUACCUGUGUCUGCUAAAGUGUCACCUGUCAAAUCCAAUCAGCCUGUCCCAUCCGAAGUGGAAAACGCUGCAGUGGCUCCUUGUCACUCGCUGCCCCAAACGAUGGCAGCAGCUGAACCUGUAGUAGGUCCCAAGCCUGCCCCUCUUCCCAAGGCUCCAGGGGUACCACAGCCCCACUCCACUUUCCUCCGGGCUUCAGAGCCCCUCGAAAAGGAAGAUGAUAAGGAGUCCUGCAUUCUACCCAAGGGCCAUCUCAAGGAGAUACCCAAAACAGUACCUCUUUUGCAAGAGCACGAGCACAAGAGGGCCACAGCCAAUUCAAGAGACCUUUCAGGCCAUCCUGAUUUGCCCAAAGUGCAAGACUCUGCAGUGACUUCUGGCCACUCCCCACCUAAAAACAAGCCUUUGGUUGUUCCCAAGUUUUCUCGAAAGACUGCACUUCGCAAGCCUACAUCUUUGCCUCCGCCUCAGCCCCAUCUCUCUCUCCGCCAGCCUUCUGAAUGUCUUGGACCACCAGCCAACAAGGAAAUUAGUACUUUACCUGGGACUCCCAAACCAGUAGCUCCUGGGGGAGAGAUGACACUCAAGCUAAUAGACACUCCCAACUCUCCUGUAGUUUACCCAGUGGAUUCCCAAGCCACCAGAAGGGAUGAGAAUUUGAAACCUGACAGCAUGGUCUCCAGGCCUGCAGAUCUGGUUAACCAUUGGUUUUUUAACAAUGAUACACCACCACCUCCCUCCAUCUUCCAGCCUGUCUCUACCAGUCCUGGAGCAUGGACUCAGCCAGUUGUAUACCCGCCUGCCACAUUUAUUCCAGAGAUGCCUCCUCUCUACCCAGCACCAUUCCUACCAGUUUCUGUAAGACCCUCUGGGAUCCAGUUUCAGAAGACUGCACCACAGACGCUGCCUGCCCAAGCUGUGCCUCCAGUCAGACAGACUCAGCCUCCCACCCAAAUUCAGCAGCAGAGGUCCUAUGCUUCUGCAGUUUCGGGACGAGAUUCCUUUUUUCAGGAGCAGCUACCACCCAGAACCGCAGGACUCCCCCAUAGUUUGACUCCUGCAGGGACGUCUCCUACUUCCUUACCAUCUCAAAACACAGCCAGCCUCCACUCGCCCAAAUCUCGGACUGCCCACCAAUCAGAAUGCCACCACCAUACAUGGCUAGAUGGUCUGCCGCGGAGUUCUGUCCCUGUGGCAGAUAAAAAUCUUGUGGCUGCACCUUCAGACAAAGUACCUUCUAAGUCUCCAACGUCCACACAUUGGGGGAAGUACGAUGGUGUGGACUCUCCUGUAACCUCAAGCCUACAGCCACUCACUUCGCAGUCUGCUUCGACCAAUGCAACCCAGCAGUCCUCUGGAUCUUAUGCCGCUGUUAGUCCCAGCAGUAAUUCUGGCACUCUGCCUUCUGACUCUUGGCCCUUGGUGCAUCAGCAGAACAUUGUUAGCAAGAACUAUGCCGUAAGCUCCUCAAGCACAGGACCUGCAAGCUCACCACCUUCCCCUCUAGAAACCACCACCACCUCGCCACCUCUGCAACCGUCGGGCACCUCUUCUUGGAUCAACGGUAAUUCUGAUGCUCUGUGCUCCGAGUCUUGGGCCCUCAUCAGCCAGCAGCGAUAUGUUAGUGUGACCUCAAGCACAAGAUCAGCACACCCAUCCCCUUCCCCUCUGGAAACCACGACCACCCUAUCCUGGCAGCCCUCAUCAUAUACUUCACCUGGAACGAACAGAAAUUUGGAUGCUUCUAAGCCUCAGGCCCUCAUCCACCAGCACCAGCAUGCUAAUGUCAGCUCUGUGACCACUGCAAGCCCACAGUCGGCAAAAUCACCACCUUCCCCUCGAGAAACCAGCUCCCCAUCCCUGCAGCCCUCCUAUGCUUUUCACGCCAGCAUGGAUUAUGGUUCUCCUAGCCAAAAUCUGCCCACGGUUUCCAAAGAAGCUGAGCAAAAGCAGGGCAGUCCUCGUGCCUCUUUGCUAGGAAAACCAAUGCCUUAUUCAUUUACUCCCCCGAGCAGUCCUCCUCCCAAAAAUUCUGAUAAAUGUAUUAUCCUGUAAUAGCAAGCGUUAAGGAGCUGUUCUGUGAAAUCAUUCACACCCAGAGGUGUUUUCUCCCCCCCGCUCCCCCAGGGUGGAUGGUAGGAAUGACAUACCAGGUGGGAUGAGUGCAUUCAGAAACCCGCAAGCAAAAACCUCUUGUGCCCUACCAAGUAAAUUCCAGGUGUUGGGAAUCUUGGUUUGUGCCUGGAUGUUGGCAAUCUGUUCCCAGGGAAUUGCAAUUUCAGUUCAUGCAAUGCCAUUCUGUGGCACAGCUUUUCCUAUCUGCAUCCUGUGCUCAAGCAUAAGAUGGGAGUGCAGGAAGAGCCUUGAACCCGAAAACGAGGAUAGGCUAACUCAGGCUCCUUUUACAAACAAUGUCUUCUAGACAGGCCAGUGUGUAUUCCUUUCUGGACCAACAUAAUGCAAUGUUCAAAGUUUCAGACUAGGUUCAAAUUGCCACUAAACUACAAAGACCGAGGUUCAAGUUGCCAUUCAGCUAUGUAGGUUGUUGCAGUCUCCUGGGCCAGUCAUUCCUCCUCACAGUGUUGUUGUGAGGAUUUUUUAAAAAUGGGAAUAUCUGUGCUGCCCUGAGCUUGGAAGAAAGGCAAGGUAAAAAUCAAAUAAGAAAAGUUAUUUUUUUAAUGUGCUCUGAAUUUCAAUUCUGUGACUAUACAUUAUGCAGAUGAAGCAAACAGCACAGAGUCACUUAUAUUGCAUAAUUUCUCAGUUGAUGGGAAACAUAGUACUGAUCCCUUGAAACCCUAGUCAGCUCCCUUUAGGCUUCUGAGAUUUUAUAUCUGGCAUUGCCUGCACAUUUACAAUAUUACUUUUACAGCAGUAUGGACUAGAAACAUCUCUUUUUAAACAAAACAAAACAAAACCCCACCACUUCAGAUUUUUAGGAUAUGAAAUGCUGUCUUCAAUAUACAGCCUGGCUGAAAGGCACGUCUACUGGGUUGUCUUCAAACCCUAAGAGAUUGCAGCAUCAAUUAACUGUUCUAAUCACUGGAAUAAGUGGUGGUAGUGAUGUAGCAUUGAUGCAUAUUUUAAUAACAAGUAAUUUGAAAUACUUGUAUCAACCAAAAAUAAAGAAUAUCUUGGAAUGUAGAUGGGAAAGAAUAAAAGUGAAUUAUUGCAGAGAAUCAAGUGGUACUUUAAAUAAACAACUUUGAAAGCAAUGUCUUCAUUUGGUAUAAGAGAUACUGCUACAGUCAUACCUCGGCUUAAGUACACUUCGGUUUGAGUAUUUUCAGUUUAAGUACUCCGCAGACCCAUCUGGAACGGAUUAAUCCACUUUCCAUUACUUUCAGUGGGAAAGUUCGCUUCAGGUUAAGUACGGACUUCCAGAAUUAAUUACACUCAUACUUUGGGUUAAGUACACUUCAGGUUGAGUACUCUGUGGACCUGUCUGGAACGGAUUAAUCCACUUUCCAUUACUUUCAAUGGGAAAGUUCGCUUCAGGUUAAGUAUGCUUCAGGUUAAGUACGGACUUCCGGAACCAAUUACACUCAUACUUCGGGUUAAGUACGCUUCAGGUUAAGUACUCUGCGGACCGUCUGGA